AAACGGAUGUGAGGACUCCCUGUGUCUUUUCUUGAUUUAGAGCCGCGAAAGAGCCGGCUCUCUCAUUUGGAGAAAAAUCAAGAAAUACCUCUGGGACCAAGGUACUAACUCGGUAACUAUGGAUGAAAGCGCAGAAAGGGGUGAAUCGACGAGUGCACCUCCAUUGUACUAGUUUCCCUUCAAUGCUGCUUUGAGUGUUGGAAUAUUUGCGAAUCUUACCGGAAGAGGGUAGGAGUAAGGGAGAGGGGUUAAGAGGACUUAGCGACUGAGGCGGGGGCAGUUGUCUGGCCUGGGAUCGAGGUUGUCCCGAGUUUUUCGUUCGAAUGUUCGUCGAGCAAGAAAUUAGGGGUGACUUUGACGAUCAGAAGUGAAGCUCAAGAUAUGCUUAGGUACAACAAGUAAAGCUCAAAGCGUGUGCAGAAGGAGUCUGUAGAAAAUGGACAUGGAUGAGGGAAGUGACAAAGAAGAAUAACUGGAACAUAAAAUCAAAAGUCAGAAGAUGGAUGAGAACAAAUCAGAUCUGCUUGGGCAAAUGUUCAUGAAUCUUCAGCAAAUGCAAUGCGAUGUAAGCAAGAUUAACAGUAAUACUGACCCAUCAGCAGAGUUGGAGAAGAUUGCAUCAGACAAAGGCUUUGUGAUUUCUGACAAUGAAGGGUCAGGGAACUGCAUGUUUCAUGCACUGUCUGAACAACUGAACCUUGUGAAAGGAAUCAAUAUCUUGCAUGGAGAAUUAAGACAAUCCAUAGUGCAGUACCUCUUAAAUAACCCAAGACUGCUAGAUGGAACAGAUCUGUUUAACUUCAUUGAUGGAUAUCAAUCAUGGGCUGAUUAUCUUACAAACAUGGAGCAAGAUGGCACAUGGGGUGAUCACAUGAUUCUUUACGCGACUGCAAAUUGCUAUAAAACAUGCAUUCACGUGAUUAGCAGUCAGUCAAAUCACCGUGACCUUACUAUCAGGCCUGAUGAUCACGUGAUCAGCACCAACCCACUUGUGCUGGGCCAUGUUCAUGAAGUUCACUAUGUUAGCCUGCGACCCAAACAAGGCUCCUCUGGUCAUGGCAGGCCACCUUCAUCACUGGAACACAAUCAGUCACCUUUUCUUGCAGGCACUCAGACUCCUGUUCAAACUUAUCAGACAAGUCACCCUCAGAGCUUCUCUGGUUACGACAGGCCACCUUCAUUACUGGAACACAAGACAGGCCCUCAGACUCCAGUUCAAACAUGUAAGACAAGUCACCCUCAGAGUGAGUGGGAAAAGUUAUUUCUUAGUCUCAAUAAUAGUAAAAGUAAUAUGAGUACAACUCUCCAAGAAGUUGACGAUCUUCACUGAUAGAAGAUUGUCAUGCUAACAAAUCCUUAAAUUAAGUAUGUUUAGGUUAUGCCAUUGUCUGUAUGUUAUCGGAGGUAACAGUCAAAACCAAUGAUCAAACAGACAAUGUGAAAUCAACUUUUUAAACUUGGAUUAGCUUUAGUAGCAUUGCUAAAAUCUGACUUUUGAAA